AUGGCUUCUAAACCCAAUGUUGCCUUCAUUGGGCUAGGUGCUAUGGGAAUUGGGAUGGCGAUACACCUGCUCAGUGACGGUUUCGCUGUGACAGGAUUCGACGUCAAUCCCAUGGCCCUUGAGAGACUGCUCGCCAUGGGUGGUGCUGCUGCUUCUAGUCCAAAAGAAUGCGUCCGAGACGCAUCAUUCGUCAUUUGCAUGGUUGCAAAUUCUACGCAGACUGAGGACGCAUUUUUCGCCGACUCAACGGGCGCAGUACUUGGCCUGACACAGAACGCGAUUGUCAUUUUGUGCUCAACUGUUGCUCCGGGAUUCCCGGUCAAACUUUUGAAUCGUAUUAAACAAGAAUUCCAAAGACCAGACAUUCAGUUACUGGAUUGUCCUGUCUCUGGUGGAACCAUUCGUGCGGGCCAAGGAAUGUUGACCAUCCUGUCAUCGGGCCGAACGGAUGUUUUGAAGACCGCCCAACCAAUCUUGAAGUCAAUGAGUGAAAAUUUAUAUGACAUCGAGGGCGGGCUGGGUAGUGCAAAUAAGGUCAAACUCAUCAAUCAGCACCUUGCUGGUGUUCAUAUCGCGGUUUCUGCAGAGGCAAUGGGGCUAGCUGCAACAUUGGGGGUGAGUACGAAAGAAUUCUAUGAGACUGUUCUCAAAGGUCCAGCGUGGAGUUGGAUGUUUGAAAACCGUGUACCUCAUAUGCUCUCCAAUGACUGGACACCGCACUCUGCUAUCAGCAUCUUCGUCAAGGAUAUGCGAAUUGUGACCUCGGAGGGCCUCAUUCAAGAUUUUCCUCUCUAUAUUGCAUCGGCGACGGAACGACUUUAUCAAUAUGCCGCAAGCAUGGGAUAUGAAAAGGACGACGAUGCAAGUCUAGUUCGAAUUUUUCUAGCACAAACCCCAUCUCUGGUUUCGGAAGCGACAACGAACCAGAAUCCCGAUAGUUCGCGGCUAUAUGAGUUGUUAUGUCGGCUACUUGAGACUGUUCAUACAUUAGCAGCAGUUGAGGCUCUAGCGCUCGGAAAUAAACUCGGCAUUUCCAGCGCCACCCUCGCACCGAUCAUUUCAAAUGCCGCAGGUGCUAGCGACUCUUUCAGAAAGAUUGCGCCGAGGAUCGUUGCUGGUGAUUUUUCAUCGGGAUAUACAAUUACUCAGACCCGGGACAUGUUGAAAGAAGUGAUGACCCUUGCCCAGACGCAUAACUAUCCCCUGCAACUCGCAGCUACCACAUUUCAGCUUUUACAACAGGCUGUGACUUAUGGCCUGGGUGGGGAGGGCCAAACAGCACUCCUCAAGCUGUGGACAACAUCUGACCUUUCCGCCGAACCCUUGCAUAUCACCAAAUAUGACUCAAUUCCGCUUUCUGAAUUGAAUUUAAGUCCGCCUCAAUCUAAAGAAAAUACCGAAGGCCUUAUGUGCAGUAUUCGGAGCCAUUUGCGAGCCGAGAAUAAUUGCAAGCUAGUUGUUCUUGAUGAUGAUCCAACUGGAACACAGACAUGCCACGAUAUUCAUGUUCUCACUAUGUGGGAUGUCGAUCUUCUGGCCUCGGAGUUUCGAUCACACAAAACCCGAGCUCUAGUCAAGGAAAUACUGCGAAAUGUCUCCCAGGCAGCUGAUACAACUGGUCAAAAGUUUGAAGUUGUCCUUCGAGGAGACUCCACACUGCGUGGCCAUUUUCUGGAAGAGGUCGAGUCAUACAUUGAUACAAUCGGAUCUCCAGAUGCAUGGAUUCUGGCCCCGUUCUUCGGGCCGGGUGCUCGAUACACUAUCAACGAUGUGCAGUAUGUUGGUGACCAAGGCAUCUUGUUUCCAGCUGCAAACACACCAUAUGCCAAAGAUAGAACCUUUGGCUACAAAUCCUCCAACCUCAGAGAGUGGGUUCGUGAAAAGGCAGGAUCACGAUUUUCUAGCAAAGAUAUACUCUCUGCAGGGGGAACUGCUGCAAUCGAGCGAAAGUUGCUCAUGAUACCCAAAGGUGGGAUCCUCAUCGUUAAUGCAAUCCAGGUGGAAGACAUGUUUAAGUUCAGCUUGGAUUUGUUGGAAGUGCGCAAGAAGCAUCAGCUACGAUUUGCGUAUCGAACGGGGGCGAGCUUUGUGUCCAGUCGCCUCGGUAUUUCGGAGAAGCCAGUAAUUGUACCGAGCGAAAUCUCAGCCUCCGAAGUGAGACGCACAGGAGGACUUAUUGUGGCGGGAUCCUAUGUUCCCAAGUCUACCAAACAAAUCCAGUCGUUGAUUCAAAGGUCAGGCGAUAAUCUGACUACCCUCGUUGUGGAAGUGCCCGCCCUGUUGAGCGAGCUCCAAAAAUAUUCCGACAUCCCAGCAAUGCUUCGUCAAUCAAUCUUGUUGAAAGGAAUUGUGGCUCAGGCUUCUGAAGAUCUACUUGGUGGCAAAGAUGUGUUGGUCAUGACCAGUCGCGAUCUUGUGACUCUGGAUUCCAGCAAUAUUUGGUCAUCUAAAACAUCAAAAGAAAUCACGAACCUGGACAUCAACAACAUAGCCGCAAAUGCGCUGGUUCAUGUUGUGCGGCAUUUGAAAGUUUGCCCUCGGUACCUGUUAGCCAAAGGGGGUGUGACUUCCUCCGAUGCGGCCACAGCCGGUAUAGCCAUCAAGCGUGCGACAAUACUGGGGCAAGCUGCGCCUGGAGUUCCGGUUUGGUGGUGCAAGAGAGAGGAGGACCUCAAAAACCUGGAUCAGGGAGGGAGGGAGGUUAAGCUGACUGGACUGCCAUUGAUUAUUUUCCCUGGCAACGUUGGAGAUGAAGAUGCCUUGGCUGACUUGGUUGAAAACUGGGCAGCAUGA